UUAUCAACUCAUACAGAUUGUGUUACCCAUCUGCAUAUUACUGUUUCUGCUUAAAUGAGAAGUGAUGUUUGGUAAAUUGUUUAUUUAAUAUAUUUUAUUCGCUUAGUGUAUUAUUAAUAAAUUUUUACAUACUAUUAUAAUAAUAUAGGCAAAAAGAUGAAGUGUGAAAUACCGGAAGUAGGACGGUGUUGUUUCUGUCUUCCUUUAAGACUUGGUCUUAUUGUUUGGGGCUACCUAAAAUUAAUUGCAUCAGUAAUGUUAUUUACAAGUAUGACGAUAAAUUUACUCCAGGAGUGGGAUCGAUUUUGGAGGACGGUGGAAACAACCUUUUCGAUAAUAUACAUCUUUAUCUUACUUUCUAUGGCAACUGAUAUUGUGUUUCUUAUAAUUUUUGCAAUAAGUGCUCAUAGAAAAGAUGCCAGGAUGAUGGAUUGGUUUUUAAAAUUCUCCAUUUAUAUAUUUGGGAUGUACGUCUUAAUUUUAUGUUUAUCAAUCGCCUACUCUACAAAUGCCGAUCACUUCUUCGCAUUUUAUUUCGGUUUUCUAAUUGGAAUAAUUGCUUUUUCCUGUUCAUUUUCCCAAAUAUAUAUAAUAAUACUCGUAAGGAGCGAAGUAUUGAAACUGAAGAGGGGUUCAAAUUUCCAAUUCAUAAAUCACGGCGCAGGAACAGCAGACAGCGUCAAGAUUAAUUUGGAUAGUAACGACAACGCAUAACUUUAAUGUUUAUUGUGAAUAAAAUCUAUCUACCUAUAUUCGAUCUUAAAUUCGAAGUUUGUGUUACCGAUCACUGAACUUAUGUAAUGGUUCUUGACGAAUUAUGUACUGCAAUUAUUAUUUUUCUACGUUAAAAAAACCAGCUUCAUUUUUGUUUAGUAAUAAAGAACGUAAAUAAUUCACAUUGAUUUUAUAAUAAAUAUACAAGUAUAUUUAAAGUAUAAUAAAAUUAAUAGAUUAAUAAUUGUACAUAUAAUAAUUUCACUAAAUACCUACAUGUAAGAGUGCGAUUAUGUUUCAUUUAUUUGAUAUAAAAUUAUAAAAUUUUAUAUAUAUUUUAGGUAUGUACGUGUGUAAAUAUAUAUGACAAUAAAUUAAAGAAAAAAAUAAGAUAAUAAAACAAAUAUUUUAUUUAUUACAAAUCGCAUGGGCAACAAAGAGA